AUGGAGAACAUCUGCCUUGAGAAUAUCCAGACCUGCGUCCUACUCGCAAAUUUAUCAUCUUCAUCAAAGAACCCAGAAUCAGAAGCGCUCUUUGUCACUCUUGGCAUUCGCAUGGCUGAAAUCCUUGGUCUAGACCGUCCGGAUCCAUCAGACUCGGAGGUGUUACGUGAAACAAAAUGCAGGGUGUGGUGGACUUUAUUCAUGGCAGACCGCUGGAGUUCUAUAGGUCGUAACCUCCGUCGCGCCAUGCCAGACUUUGAUUUGGAGACGCCCCUACCAAUGGAUGAAGAUGUCUUUCAUCACAUGGAUGUUGAUCAAGGUAGCGGGACACCUCCAACGCGCCCUCAUACACUGGGACUUUGGGCAUAUAAUGUCAUGCUUGCAAAACAGUUGGGGCCUAUCCAAAACUUGAACAAACAAUGGGGUCAAGAGGGUCUCUCCGAAGAAUACUUUAUGCAACGCGUGGCGGAUCUAGCAGACGGCCUAAGACUUUGGGAAGCGAGCCUCCCUAAGGAGAAGAAAGCGUCAGAGGAAAAUCUUCUGGCACACAGUGCUAAGGGCCUUGGAGGACCAUUCCUCGCCAUACACACAGGCUACCACCAGCAUUUCGUGCUUCUGUUUUUCAGAUUCCUAGAUCUAAAUCGGACCCAGACACCAAAGUGGAUCGAGUAUGCUGAGCUUUUGCUGCUGCAUACGCUCAUAUUUGGUCAACAAGAUGACACGGCUGAUAUCCGAGCCAAGUUGGAGUCCAAUUUUGAAGCCAUUUUUGAGCUUCAAAAAUACUGGCCUUCGGUUCAAAACUCAAUAAGACGUCUUCAACUAUUCCAAAAGACUUGUACGGGACCCGGGGCAAUGCAAACCUACAGGUUCGAUAAGUGGAUGGUGAGGUUCUUGGUAGAACACCAUCUACCGCUAGAUGAGCCUGAAGGGAAUCUGUCGUCUGGUGAGGUGAAAGAUAUCAUGAUGGGAAAUUGA